AUGACCUCAAUCGACAAGACCUACCGUUCUAUGCCAACCGCACCGACGGACCAUCAAGCUAAAUCGGAUGUGGCCAGUGCAAUCACUCGAAAUCCAAACUGGAAUUAUUCACUUUUCGAUUGCUGCUCACCAGGUUCACUCUGCUUCACAAGCUGCUGUCUUCCAUGUCUUACGUUUGGCAAGACCCAGGCCAGGGUGCAGGAUCCUACUCUACAAAACUUUAGUAGUAUUAACUCGGAGUGCACCAUUUUUACAGUUCUCGCCCUCGGAUAUUGCCAUUGGAUUAUUCAAACGAUUCGGCGGAGUGAGAUGCGCCAGAAGCAUGGCAUUGAGGGUUCCUGUCCUGGAGACUGCUGUGUCACCUUCUGGUGUGGAUGCUGUGCAUUGAUCCAGGAGGAGAAGGAGAUGGAGUUGCGGACGAGACCUGAGCUGACCGGGUAUCAGAGUACAGCGCAGAUGGCGUAUCCUUCUUAA